AGUUAGUGACAAGGUUUGCUGCAAUUGAAAAGUGUACUCUCCAGGCUGAGAUUAUCUGCAUAGGCCUAUGUGGUCCUGCUUGCUUUUUGGCCAUAAGGCCUCCAAUUUGUAUCCACGUGGAAGAAGACGCUGGAAUGGACUCAAUUGCAGCACAUCUGCUCACCCAACAUAGGCCCUAGCUAAUGCUAGGUGCAACCAUGGCCUCUCCUAUGAAAAUUUCAAAGCAGUGGAGGUGUGAAUGUGAUCAGACACUAUUGAUAUUUCUUGGUUGGAUGUCAAUUUUGAGACUCAUGCACCCUAGCCGCUUUGCCAUGAAACUGAGAAAUGGUGAUGGCCUUUGGCUUCUUCUUGUGAUUUUCUUGGUCAAGUGCCCAAGACCUUCCUUCUCCUAUGACAGCAUCAACAAUAAGACUUUCAUCAAGCACAUUGGAAAUGAAAUGAUCUGUCCCAGUUUGAAGAUCACAGAUUCUACUGUGAGAUCAAGGCAGCUGGAUCCAUUCCUCAAUUGCACUAUUGUGGAUGGUCAUGUGUGGGUCGUAAUGACAGAUACACAUAGAACCUUUGCCAGCUCACCAUCAUCACCUCAUGUGUCCAUCCUGGCCAACACAUCUUUUAAGCACCUGAGAGAAAUUGCUAACCACCUUUUUGUUUACCAAAAUAAAGCCUUGCAGACGCUCUCAGGCCUCUUUCCUCGGUUGACUGUGAUUCGAGGGCAGCAGCUCUUUCAUAACUUUGCCCUUCUUAUUUAUCAGAAUGAGUAUCUGCAGAACAUUGGCUUGCACCAGCUCACAUCGGUGAUGGAAGGCCCAGUGAGAAUUGAAAGGAACCCAAUGCUGUGCUACCUGAACUCUAUCGACUGGGGUGUUAUUGCACCCAAAAGAAAUCACUUUUUUGCAUUUGCCCUGAGAAGUGUGGAAGCAGGACAUGUGAUGAUUCUGGUGCAUGCUGUCAUCAAGAAUGUGUGGGAGGAUGUCACAAUCAGUCAUCUUCAGGCUGUUUUGCCUGCAGGAAUUACUGGCAUGAAGGAGAAUGUGUUUCUUCCUGCCCUCCUGUUUGGGAAACAAAGAUGCAUUACUUUAGAAGAAUGCAUGACCAUGAAUCCACCACUGGAUGGGGGGCCAAAAAGCAGGAGAGAAGUGAAACUCUAUAAGAUCUGGGAUGGGUCAUGCAUUCUUGACUGCCCUGCAAACACAACUGAGCACUGUCCAACAGAAAGUGGAAUUCCCAAACCGCAAUGCUCUCCAUGCAAUGAGAAGAGAUGUCUGAAGGAAUGCAAAGGAAAUCUGUUGGAUUCAGUGGAGAAAGCAAAAGCCCUUCAUGGUUGUACCUAUAUUGCUGGUCAGCUUGAAAUUCAGAUCACAGCUGGAGAUGAUGUAGUCUCAGAAUUGGAGAAGAAUCUUGACUCUAUAGAGGGGAUUCGGGAUUACCUUAAGGUGGCAAGAAGUGGCAGUUUGCUUUCUCUGAAUUUCCUGAAGCAUCUACGGUGGAUUGGUGGCCAGGUCUUAGAAGAUGGGAAGUAUGCCAUCAAAGUCCUUGAUAAUCCAAAUCUUCAACAACUCUGGGAUUGGGAUAAGAGAGGGAUGAAUGUGACCAUUGAACAAGGAGAGAUCUCAUUCACUCACAACCCAAAGCUAUGUCUCAGCCACAUUGAAGCAUUCUGGAAUCGUUCCCAGAAUGUGUCAGGAUCCCAUACUAUCCCUCCGCUACCAGAGGGUGUAGAUAAUACCACCAAUGGAGACCAAGCAGCAUGCAAUGUGGUGAAAAUCUGGGCACAAGUCAGCGAGGUGAUGCAGGACAAUCGUUCUGUGGGAGACUGGCAGGUGCAUUGGGAGAAUUAUCGCUUGCAUCUUGUUCAGCCACGAGAUCUGGUGAACUAUGUAGUGUCUUACCGGGAAGCUCCUUCUCAAAAUGUGUCCAUCUAUGAUGGACGGGAUGCAUGCAGCAAAGACAAGUGGACAGAUAUUGAUGUGAAGCAUCAGGAUGAAGGCAAUGACAAAUAUGUGAGGCAGACUCUUAAAAUCCUGAAGCCUGCAACUCAGUAUGCCCUUUAUGUGCACACGUACAUGAUUAGAAGUAAUCCUUAUGUUGAAAGCAAGGGGGCCAUGUCUGAAAUUCUUUAUUUCACCACACAGUCUAUACAACCAGGGACCCCAAGAGAUGUUGUUGCAUGGGGCAAAUCAGAUUCAGAGUUGGUGUUGGAGUGGGCUCCCCCAACUGAAGAGAAUGGUGUUGUGACAGAGUAUCAGCUUCACAUUGAGGUGAUCCCUCAGAGUGUGGAAGAGCAGCUCCAGAAGGAAUAUUGUCAGGAUGGAUUCAUCCGGAGUCAGUUCCAUAAGAACCAGCUCCUCAGUGCCAUUGAGGUCAAGAACGAAGACAAGAAGCGACUCAUGGCAAAGGAGGAUGAGAAGAAGCUGAAGUGGUUAAGUGCAAGUGACUGCUUCCCUUGUGAAGGGAAGAAGACAGACAUGGAAACUUAUAAGCGGCAGGUCCAGUUCCAGGAUAACAUCAUGAAUGAUGUCUUUGUGCGCAAGCACAAGGACAAGGUCACUGUCUGCAACAGGGAUCAGUGCAGCGUCAAAUGCGAGUCAUUUACCUCUGAGAGCAAUGGGAGUUCAACAAUGCUGAAGCAGCAGAAGAAGCGAAGUGUCGAGGAGGGCUUCAACCUGGUCCCCAAUUCAUUAGAUGAGUUGCGUUUGGAUGGAAAACUCCGAGAUGCUAGGGAAGAGGAGGAGCAAACCCUGAAUGAAUAUACCAAUGACAAUCGUGUCCUACAAAAGCCAGGAAAAUUCCCUAAGGAGCACAUUGAAACUCCUGUUGAUUUCAUUCCACACAAU